UUUUUGUUCUAGGUUAUGUUUAAAAAUGAUUUAUUGAAAUAUAAACGUUCAAAAAUAUUAAAGAUUAUUUAAAUAAAACCAUUUGCUGUAUGAAGUGAUACUCUAAUAAGUGGUACAAAAUUUAAAAGAUGUCGGUUGUAAUUGAAACAACUCUGGGGGAUAUAACUGUGGAUUUAUUUACCAAUGAUCGUCCAAGAGCAUGUUUAAAUUUUUUAAAAUUAUGCAAAAUUAAGUAUUACAAUUACAACUUAUUCCACACAAUAAGCAGGAGCUUCAUAGCACAAACAGGAGACCCAUCGGGUUCUAGGAGUGGAGGAGAAUCAAUAUAUGGUGUUUUAUAUGGAUCACAAAAAAGAUAUUUCGAAGGUGAGAACGAACCAAGAAUAAAACAUACCAAAAUGGGAUUACUUUCAUUUGUGGGAAAUGAGGACCGUAUGAUAGGUUCCCAAUUUUUUUUAACUCUUGGGGAUGAUUUAACAUAUCUUGAUGAAAAACAUUGUGUAUUUGGUGAAGUCGUUGAAGGAUUUGAUAUUUUAGAAGUUAUAAAUGAGGUUAUAUGUGAUACUGACGAUCGACCCUAUCAAGAUGUAAGAAUUACUCAUACCGUUAUCUUAGAUGAUCCCUUUCCAGAUCCAAAAAAGUUAGUUAUUUCAUCAAGAUCUCCCUCACCGAGUGCUGAGAGGUUGAAAGGGGGUCGAAUAGCACCAGACGAGGAAAUUGACGAGUUAGAAGGAAAAACUCCACAAGAAAUAGCCGAAAUGCAAGCAGAAAGAGAAGCAAAAGCUCGAGCUACUAUUUUGGAGAUGGUAGGAGAUUUACCCGAUGCAGAAACGGCACCUCCUGAAAAUGUUCUGUUUGUUUGCAAACUAAAUCCAGUUACUAAUGAUGAUGAUUUAGAAAUAAUAUUUAGUCGAUUUGGAAAAAUUAAGUCUUGUGAAGUUAUUCGGGACAAGAAGACAGGUGAUUCUUUACAGUAUGCUUUUGUUGAAUUUGAGGACAAAUCGGCUUGUGAAAAUGCCUAUUUUAAAAUGGAUAAUGUGCUCAUAGAUGAUCGAAGAAUACAUGUUGACUUCAGUCAGAGUGUCUCUAAAGUAAAGUGGAGAGGAAAAGGGCGGGGAGUCACACAUUACGAUGAAAAAGGUAAAAAAAGCGAAAACAUUGACAGUGAUAUUGGCAAAGGUAAUUAUAAACAUAGAAAAAAUGAUAUAUCCUAUAAAAACAAUGAAAAUAGACCUAGAAAGAAUGCAGAGCGAUCCAAUUCACCUAUCGUUCACAAAAGCAAUCGUAGAUAUGAAAGGGAAAGGUCUUUGACACCAAAAAGAAACAAUUCCAAUUACGUUAAAGAAUAUUUAAAAAAAUCAAGAUAUAGUAGAAAGCAGAAAUCUCCUUCACUGUCACCGGAAAGAAAGCGUAGGUAUUCUAAAUCACCUAUAAUAGACAGAAGUAAAAAUAAAUAUAACUCACAAAUAAAUAAGGAUAAAUCAGAUGACCCUAAAAGUAGAAACAAGAAAGAAAUUGGGGAACGUUACAGCUCAUCUAAAAGUAGGGGAAGGUCUAGAUCACCCAGGCAAAAAUAUCGAGAUGCAGAAACAGGGACAAAGAAUAAAAGUAAGUCCGUAUCACCUAAAAGACUUCAUUCGAAAAGUUAUAAACAAUAUAAGUCUGAUAAAUAUGACAAAAGUGUCAAAUCUCGAACAUCUCCUGAAAGAGGAUCACACAGUCAUAAAAAAAAACAUAUUUCAAAGGAUAAAACAACAAGUAACUCUGACUCCAGUAGUAGCGACAAAUAUGAAAAAACCGAAAAAUAUGUUGAAAAAAGUCAGUCAAGCAUAAUAAAAGCUUUAGACAAAAGUAAGUCUAGAUACUCUCCAGAAAGCAAAAAUUAUAGCUCCAGAGAAAGGUCCAGUACAAAAGAUAAAUAUACAAGGGAAUAUGAAUCUGGCCAAGAAAAUGAAAAGAAAAAAAGAAAGAAUAAAAAGAAAAAAUCUAAAUAUUCAUCAUCAGAAGAGUCUGAUAGUGAUAACAGACGUAAUAAAAAGAAGAAACCAAUUGAAACCGAGUCAAGUGAUAGUGAUUAUAAAAAAUCAAAAGCAAAGAAAAAGAAGUCUGUUAAGAAAAGUAAACAUCAUGAUCAUGACUCAUCCAGUGACAGUGACAAUUAUAAAAAGAAAACAAAACAAAAAAAGAAAUGUGAAAGUGAUUCAGAUUGACAUCUGUAGUUAUUCUUUUAAGUUCUAUAAAUGUAAAUAUGUUUGUAAUAUUUCUACCAUUAAGAAAUUUUUAAUAUAUAUAUAUUUACUGUACAUUUCCAUUGUCAGCUCCAGUAAACCCUAUUUUGUAAUUGUUGAUUAUAAUGUAGAGAAUGUUUAUACUACAAGUAAAAAAUUGUUUAACCCACAAAUCAAUUAUAUUUCUGAGGUAAAGACAUUACAACCAUUAUUUUAAAUAUUUAGAUAAACUAUUCACUAUGAAUAAAACAUAUAUA